UGUUGAAACCAAUAAUUUAACAUGAUCUUUUUUGAGAAGUUCAUUCGAUUUGUAUUCUUUUGCCUCAAUAUUACAUUGAUUCUGUGCCCAAAUUCUAUGAUUCAGCUGUACUUUCCCGGUCUCAAAACCAUUGGUUCUACUACAUAGAAACAUGCAGUAGCAACCCAGGGUUGACCUCUGACUGCAAGAAGGCAUCUACAAAUCCCACAAUUAGAAUAAUAACGUCAUGCAAUUGUUGUUGCAUUAUUUAUUCUUUAAAUAACAACUGGUAACUCAAGACCUUAACUGUCAAUGUCAAAACAGUGACAUUAAAAUGCCGCAAAAUGGCAGAUUACUUUGAUUUUUUUAUAUUGAUUGUUUUAGUAAAUGUACUGAUUUCAUCAAUAUAAAUCCCUUAUGAAAACGGACUAUAUAUGACCUUUGCGUUAUUGAUAAAACUGGAUUUAGUUAAAGAGUAUUCAUUAAAAAAGAUAAUAUGUAUUCUCCGCGACAGAAAGUUCUAUGGUUUGCAUUUAAUUCAAGACUUGCCGUGAUAUUAAUACAAGCAAUAGGUAACUCUGUAUUGCCAGACCAUGAUGCAAAUGUAUUUAUCAGUCCAGAAGACCCGACAUUACGAAAAACGACGGCAGAUUUGGUUGUUGAUAAAUUAUUAGGCGGUAUGAAAAGGUGGGAUGCUCAAUAUUUUAUUCACAUAGCUCAAUAUGGAUAUACAUAUGAGAACUGUUUAGCAUUUUUUCCAUUGUAUCCAUUUAUUAUUCGAUAUCUUGCUUUCAUGUUUAGUAGCAUUUUCGGAACAUUUCUUAAUUACCAUAGUUUGUUACUGAUAUCUGCUACAAUAAUUAACCUUUUUUUGUUUAUAAAAUCUGCAGAUAUACUUCACAGAUUAAGUUUGAGAGUUCUAAGAAAUGAAUGCUAUGCAUACAAGUCUACCAUAUUGUAUUGUGUAAAUCCUGCAAGUAUAUUUUUCUCAGCACCAUAUUCUGAGACUUUAUUUGCAUUUUUGUCAUUUUACACAAUGUUCAAAUGUACUGAGAAUGAAUCUCUUAGAUUUGCUAACAUUGACAUAACAAGUGCAUUCCCCGCUGCUUUAUCUAUGAUAACAAGAUCUAAUGGUUUAGUUAAUUUGGGAUUCAUAUUUUAUGCAAAUUUCAAAAAUGUUGUAGAAAGAACUUUGCCUGAAAUUGUCAAUAAAUAUAGAAUUCUUAAACAUAGAGUUAUGCUUCCAAUCUUGUUUUUACCAUUUCUUACGAGCAGUGUAGCAUUGUUUAUAACUGUAAUGAUUGCAUUGAUCCCCUAUAUGCUUGUACAAUUGUAUAAUUAUUUUAAAUUUUGUAGCACUAAUGUUCAUAACUUACCAGAGUUUUUAUCAAACACAGAAUACAUUUUGCCUGGUUCCGGGGACAGUCCUUGGUGCAAUUAUUCAAUACCUUUAUCAUAUUCUUACAUACAAAGUCAUUAUUGGGAAGUGGGAUUCUUUAAUUAUUACAAAGUGAAACAAAUACCAAACUUUUUGUUGGCUUCUCCAAUGCUAAUUUUGAUUUUAUGUCAUUCAUUUUCUUUUAUAAAAAACAAUUUAAGGCUAUGUUUUAGACUUGGAUUAAAAGAUAAUAUUAUUAAUUGUGGAUAUAUGAACAAAAUGGCAUAUAGGCCAAGACAAUAUUAUAAAGAAUUUGGGACCAAUAAUCCGAAUGUAUUUGUCUAUGUAGUUCAUGCAUUAUUUCUUAGUGUUUUUUGUAUUGUGUAUGUUCACAUUCAAGUUUCAACUAGACUUUUGGCAUCAGGCAGCCCAAUUUUGUACUGGAUAUGUGCAAGUAGGAUGAAUGUUGGACCAACACAAUCAUCUGAUCAGAAUGCUAUAAAUGAACACUUUAGACGAGUUGGCACUGGCAAGAGAAUUCCUAGUUAUCAUCUGUCAAUAGCUAAUUUAGAAGGGGUAGACAAUAUGUAUAGUAAAUGGCGUACAUUUAUAAUAUCUAGGCACAUGCCUGAUUUUCAAUCUCGAUUUAUUCAGUGCUAUUUCAUUGGAUAUUUAGUUAUAGGAACCAUCGCCUUUUCUAAUUUUUUUCCUUGGACUUGAAUUAUAAACAACUUGCAGUGAAUCAUACAUAUCAUUUUGACAUUUUAAUUUAGCUUCAAUAUGUAAUUAAUACAUAUUAGUACUUACAAUUGUUGUAUUUACAUAUCACUACUAUUUUAAUCUCGAAAUUUUAAAAUCCAAUAAAUCUUAAGAAAUAGGCUAAUUUAAUUCAUAUAUAUGUAUAUGGGGCCUUCUUUACUGUUUACAUUUAUGUAUAGAUAAAUAGCACUUGUAAUUUUAAAACUUUCAUCACUAUUUUAUGGUUCUAAGCAGUAUUCCCUAUAGCAGGCAAUUGAUAAUAAAUAUUUGACGGAAAGAGAAAUCUGGAUUACAAUUUUUAUUACGCUAAAAUUAGUAUUAACAUAAGUAAAUUGAUUGAGAGACAAUAUUUCAAAUUAUUCUCAUCCAAGUAAUGUGUUUAUCUAGUCCAUUUUAUGCUAGCAUCAAUUCUUAGGUAAUUUUUGUCUGUGUGAGAUCUCUGUCUAACCCAAAUGAGACAGAAGAUUGCUUUUAUUUUAAGAGUGUCCCGUAAUUAGGCAGUGUUUUAUGAUUUUGUGGAGGAUUUAAUUACAUACAGCACUUAUUAAUAUGUUUCUUAAGAUAAUAUUGUUUC